AUGGUAGGGGAAGAGAAGGGUAGGGAAGGGCAGGGUAGGGAAGGAAAGGGAAUGGGAGAGGAAAGGAACGAGAGGGGAAGGGGAAGGGAAAGGGAGAGGAAAGGGAGGGGGAGAGGAAAGGGAAAAGACGAGGAAGGGGAUGGGGGGAAGGGAAUGGUAGGUGAAAAGAAGGGAAGUGGAAGGGAAGGGGAUGGGAAGGACAGGGGAAGGAGGGGAAGGGAAGGGCAUGGGGGAAAGAAGGGGAAGAGAAAGGGAAUGGGAGGGGGAAGGGAAGGGGAGGGAAGAGGAAGGGGAAAAGAAAAGGGUGGGGAUGGGGGAAGGGAAGGGAAUGGUAGGUAG